UAAUGGCAGCAGUAAAUGCUCGCAGAGCGCGCAGCCACAGAUUGACAGAAUUGAAUCAAGGGAAGAGUGUACGAGAAAGAGAAAGCUAUGCGUCUUGCUCCAAUAUGUCAUUUUUGGAAUAUAGUAAAGUUUAAAUGUUGAGUUUGGGGAUUUUUUUCCACCAAGGCGUGACCGUUUUUGGUGAUGGUCUAGUAGAUUUGCAGUCCGUGGUUGAGACGAGUGUUCCGCUUGAUCAAGUCUUGAAGAAACCAGCAGCGUUUUACAACUCGCUUAUACAUUACCAAACCGUAGGAACAACUUUUGCCUUCAGAACAGCCUCAUUUCGACAGGCAUGGACACUACAAGAUGUCAAAAGCGUUCGACGGGGAUGCUGCUUCCCACAGUUCCGUCAAGUUGGAUGGAUGUCCUUUGAGUGGUGGACCAUUCUUGAUACACAAAGGAAACUGUUGACUGAAAAAACCCAGGCUGGCAUCUACUACCAUACACUGUUCAAAGGGAUGAACAGCAUGGCAACCUCCCACAUUCUCUUCAUCUGCCUUCUCCUCAUCCUAACAGUUGUGUCGCAGGAGCCGCCAACUUCUGAACAAGCCCUGCCCCAGAUCCGCCCCCAGAUCACUGGCUGUGUCUCCCAUGACAUGAACACGUUCCGCUGCAGAUGGAAUGUCGGAACAUUCCAGAACCUCACAGAGCCCAGAGACCUGCGGAUGUUCUACUACAUCAAUAACAAGAACAUAUCUCCCAAAGAGUGGAGUGAGUGUCCUAACUACAUGGCUGACAGGAUAGACGAGUGCUUCUUCAAUGAAAGCUACACGAAGGUCUGGAUAACCUACAGUGUCCAACUCCGCUCUGGAGAUCAGGAUAAUCUCUAUGACGAGGUCAUCUUCACUGUGGAAGACAUCGUGGAACCAGACCCUCCAAUAGCGCUGAACUGGACCCUGCUGAAUGUGGGUCUAACCGGGAGCCACUUUGACAUCAUGGUGAGCUGGGAGCCACCACACUCUGCAGACGUGUCUACGGGCUGGAUGACGCUACAAUACGAGGUGCAGUACCGUGAGGUCAAUUCAACACUGUGGAGGAUGGUGAACCUUGAGAAGGGGAGGCAGCGGUCGCUGUACGGGCUGCGCACCAACACAGAUCACGAGGUCAGGGUGAGGUGCAAGACGCUGGCAUCCCGUAAUUUUGGGGAAUUCAGCGACCCCAUAGUCAUACACAUCCCCACUAAAGAGUCCCGAUUUCCAGUUACUGUCCUGCUUGUCUUUGCUGCCUUGGGUUUAGCAGUCAUCCUAAUACUGGUCAUCUAUUCCCAGCAACAGAAGUUGAUGAUGAUUCUCCUGCCUCCAAUUCCUGGUCCCAAAAUCAAAGGAAUCGACCCUGAGCUCUUCAAGAAAGGAAAGUUGGCUGAGCUGACCUCCAUCCUGGGCGACCACCCUGACCUGAGACCAGAGCUGUACGGUGAAGACCCCUGGGUGGAGUUCAUCGAGCUGGACAUGGAGGAGCCCAACGACAGGCUGACUGAGCUGGACACACAGUGCUUGAUGGACCGCUCGCCCUCCUCAGACUGUCCCCCUCUCACCAUUGGCUUUGGAGAUGACGACUCUGGCCGGGCCAGCUGCUGUGACCCUGAUCUGCCUGAACCAGAGGCCUUCCGCUUCCAUCCCCUCCUCUCCAACACCAGCCCCAGCCUGGAGCCCUCUGGUGCCAGCACUGAGGCCAGCUCCCCAGUCCAGACCCCCACCACAGGGAUGACUCUCUGGGCUGUCCCUGGCAGGGAGGACCUCUAUACCCAGGUGAGCGAGGUGAGACCCACUGGCGAAGUGCUGCUGAUGCCUGAGGAGCAGAGCAAGGUUGAGAAGGAUGCAGAGGAGAAGGCUAAGGAGGGAAAGGAGAAAGAGAAGCAGAGGAAGGAGUUUCAGCUACUGGUGGUGAAUGCUGACGGGGGAGGUUACACCACAGAGUUAGACGCUGGGAAGAUGAGUGCCAAACUCCCCACUGGGAGAGGCAGCCAGCCUGCUCCAACAGAGGAUAGUAGGCUUGUGCAGGGACAGCCCUUUGGGGAGUACCAGAGCCUGUACUUUGAGGCUGAAAUGCCCCCCAUCCCACCUGCCUCGCCCGUCUCCCCACUGCUCCCUCUCUCUGUCUACACCAUGGUGGAGGGAGUGGACAGGCAGAACAGCCUCCUUCUGAAGCCCAGCCCCCCACCUGCACCCCAGCCAGUCCUAACCAAGCUGCCCCUUCCUACACCUACACCAGAGGGGUACCUGACCCCUGACCUACUGGGAAAUAUUACACCAUAACUCAGAGGUGUAGAAAGUAUGCUAUUGCACACAGAUCAGAGGUGGCAUUGGAAUUCAGUGACUAUAAAUCAAAGAGUAGGUUGCCAAAUGGUAUACCUCCAAAAAUGAGGGGGGUUCCCCUGCCUGCCCCACCUCUUAUCCUUCCUUCUCCCAACAUGACCGCUACAGACAUUUUGAGGUUUGGUAAGAAGGAUGGGGAGGUCAGGAGAGGGGUUUGUUCUUCAAAGUCUGAACUGAUGUGCCACACCUGUCUGCUAACACCUUAACUGUGAAAACAAAGGAUAUAGAAGGACAAGAAUGGAUUAUGGUCUCUCAAAGGAGCUGGCCGUAUGAAAUAUCUUAACAUAUUACUAAUAUUUUUGAAGAACAUUAUCUAUAAGUGACUUUAAUUGCCAGCACAAGAUACAUAUAGUUAACUUAGUGGUGUUGAUACCAAUCAUUUACAAUAAUCCCAAUUAUUGGUUCUUACAACUGAAAAGUAUUUACAGAUCGGAAUAUUGUCAAAAGGGAAACAUUUGGUAAACAAGUGGGAAUACACCAUCUGUGUUCUGCCGAUUGACUGUGGCUUCUCAACCAGUCUAUAAGAGUAGGUCAUUGUGUUGUUUUUCCAUAUAUAAACAAAUGUGUUUUAUCAAAAAUUAUAUAUAUUUUUUUCUGCUUACUAUGAUGUACGCUUACAAAAAGGGGACUAUCAAAUGAGUGUCAGAUGAUCUUUCUGGGGAACUGGAAAUGGUAAUGGUUCUUCACUGUACAGCUAUAAUGUUAUAAAUAAACAUAUUUCACAUUAAAA